AUGACUGAGACUUACAAGAAUGAAAGUUGCGAAAUCACCGAAACCAUUUUCGUCGCGGCUCAAACAGGUCGCCUGGAUCUUGUAACGGCGCUUCUAGAGAAUGGAGAAGAUCCGAACACCGUGGACGAAAACGGAACCUCGGCUCUUCAUAAUGCAGCGAAAGGGGGCUAUUGGGAUGUCGCCCGUCUCUUGCUUGAGAAGAAUGCAAUCCCCGGGCUCCUGGAUGGCAACAACAGAACUCCUCUCCAACUCGCCGUACACAAAGGUCACAGUCAGAUUGUCAAAUUGCUCCUGGAAAGUGAUCCAUCUACGGAAGAAACGAAAGAUCGGGCAAGAGAAACAGACCUACACAGUUCUCUUCGCAUUGCUGCUUUCUUGGGUCACUUGGAAAUCAGCAAGCUUCUCUUAAUUCAUGGUGCGCCUACUCUUUCUGAUACAGGAAGCGAUACAGCUCUACUUCUUGCUGCUAAGGAGGGUCACUAUGAAAUAUGUGAAACUUUGCUGAAGCAUGACAUGGCGUUGAAUCGAUCUCUAUGGAGCCGAAUUAUCGGCCCGAGCUUGGCAGUUAACGGGAAGGAUUAUAGCGGGAACUCCCCGCUGGCCUAUGCAGUGAAGAACGGGUUCGAAAAAAUAGUGGAUAUGUUUUUACGCUACUAUCCAAACCUGUGUCAGGCUUGCGAUGGUGAGAAAGAGUUGCUUUUUCACGCCGCAGUCCGAGCUAGAAAUAUAGAGAUUACUCGAACAUUCUUAAACCACGGAGCAGACGUUGAGAUGAAAGGUAGCUGUGGAAAUCGAGCCCUUCAUGUGGCAGUUCAAGCUGGAUAUGCCUACAACUGGUCCUCAGAGGAGACGUCUCAAAUGAUAAGGCUUUUGAUCGAACAUGGUGCUUCAGCAAACUCGCAAAAUGCAAAUGGCAGAAUCCCCGAAGAUAGCACCAUCGAUCCAAAGCUCAGGACAUUAUUACGCAACUAUACGAAGACACAAUCAAAGAGCAAUCCAGUACGCUCUAAUAUAGUCCCGAAGACCAUGAACCCACCACCUGAGUACAGUAUGAAGGCAUAA